AUGAAUCAAAUCUCAACAACAUUGAACGAAUCACACUAUGAUUCAUUUGAUGCACUUCAGAAAGACAUAUCAGAAAUGGUUAUAAGCCUUAAAACAAUUAAAGAGGCGAUAGCGAGAAUGAAAUCCAACACACACGGUCUAGACUCAAUAUCCUUCCAAAUUAUACGUAAUCUCAAGGACGAACAUCUACAACUUAUUGCUGACCAAUUUGAAAACUGCAUACAACAAGGUAAUAUCCCUGAAGAAUGGAAAUCUGGUUGGGUUAAAUUACUCCCCAAAAGAGACAUUCAAAAACUAAAUGAUAUUAGACCCAUAACCAUUCUCCCAAUAUAUUACAGAAUACUUUUCAAUAUAAUUGCAUACGAAUUAAGACAAUGGGCUUCCAAACACAUCAACUUAAGGCAACAAGCAUUUAUUUCACACAGAAACACAAUGAAUCAUGGAUUAUUACUUUCAUCUCUAGCCAAAAAGAACAAAUCGUCAUUCCUUUUGGUAAACUUAGACAUCGAAGGUGCCUAUGAUUCCGUUGAAGAUCAUAUCAUUGAAAAAGCUCUCACUCAUUGUAAGUUUCCAGAUGAAUUGAAAACUUUUAUACUAAACUCAUACAAGAGUCAAAUAUUACAGCUAGAAAUUGAUCACCAUCUCUCUAGACCAUUCACAAAAACAAGAGGAAUACCACAAGGAUGCCCUUUAGCCCCUCUUAUGUGUGAUUGUAUUACUCAACUCAUCAUUGACAAAUGCAUACAACAAUGGAAAAUUUCAAUCAAACCAACCAAACUUAAUAUUAACGAUAUUGGAUUGCUUUGCUUUGCUGAUGACAUUAAUUUAGUUUCAAAUAGAUACUGCAAUUAUAACGAAAGACUUGAUAAUAUCUCUAAAUGGCUCGGCCAAUUAAGUCUAAAAAUUAAUCCUUCAAAAUCCAUGGCAACCACUCUCCCAACUAAAAGCAAAAUGAAGCCAAUGAUAGACGGUACUAUUAUACCAAGAUUCAAAAACCUUCGAGUACAUACACACUAUCCUUGGGAUGACUCUACUCUAAAUGAAGAUAUUGAAAAAAGAAUCCUCCAAUUUCAACUCUCACUCAAAUAUAUUCCACUGAAAAGAAUGGAAUUAACAAACAUUAAGAAAAAUAACAUUGAAGUAAGAAAAGCAAUAAGAAAGAAAAUUUUCAUACAUAAUGCUAGUCCAACAAACUAUUUUCACCUCCCAAUCACCUAUGGCGGACUAGGUAUUCCAAGAUUCGAUAUCUUUGCAGAUGAAAUUCGAAUCAAAACAGCCCUGUAUCUUAUUAACAAUAAUAAUGAACUUCUUAGAGAAGUAUAUUCAGAAGGAAUCAAAUACGAAAAUUCGAUUUUUAAAGAAAUGAACAGAUCAAUCAAGAAAUACAAGAUCAGACCUCAACAAUUUGACAAUAACGAAAUCUUUCCAAAACUCAAAGGAAAGAAUUUUACUAUUUACACUGACAAAUCAAAUCUCAACAACUCAACAGGUUUCGGCUUUACCGCCAAAGUUAACAAUUCCCAAGAAACCCAAGAUUUCUCAUACAAAAUUAACAGCGAAUACUCAUAUAACGUUGCUGAAUUAUCAGCAAUACUCACAUCACUAAAGAUACUUCCACCUAAAUCUAAGGCAAAAAUUCACACAGAUAGUGAAAUAUCCAUCCACGUUUUGAAAAACAAAGCCUAUAACGGAAUGUUUAACUGCUUCAAGCAUGAAUAUCAACAGGUCAUUCAACAAUCCAAUCUAAAUAUUCAACUAAUCAAAAUUAAAGGACAUGUCAACAAAGGAAACAUCAAAGCUGACGAAUUAGCUAAGAAAGGAGCUCAAGAGCACAACUAUUUUGACAUUAAGAAGCUUUUUUCAAACCAAACCAUCCUUGCCACAUCUAAUACCCUUAUUUUCGACAUCAAAAAAUCCAUACAAAAGAAACGAUACGAUGUGAUGUUUAGCCAAUUUGAUAGAGAUAAUUCCAGUCAACACCUUACCAAGAACUGGUCAUCUAUCAAUCUAAAAUUCAUCAAAUCUAAAAUUGACACAAAUACUAAGUGGUCAAUCUGGAGAAACUUAACAAGCAACCAUAUCAAACAACAUAAGGAAAGACAAUGCGCUCACUGCAAAUGCCCCGGAACUCUAAAACAAUUCAUAUACUAUUACCCUAAUACUCAAUGCUUUAGGAAUUUUUUCUACACUAAAUUCCUUGAUAUUACAUCAAUACAAUGUAUCCUCAACGAUUAUCAAGAAUCAAGAUACUGUGAAAGAAGGAAAGUUUUCAUUAUUCAUCAUGACGGAGUAAUGAUUUGA